AUGGCCGUUGAUUGGACGCAACUCCCGCAAGAAUUACUGAUAUCAAUCGCCGACAACCUUAAGAUCUACGCCGAUUACCUCCGGUUCUGCGCCGUCUGUCACAGCUGGCGAUCCUCUGUCCCAAACACCCCGCGCCACCUCCCUCCUCAACUCCCAUGGCUCAUGCUCCUCGACUACAGCGACGAGUCCCAUGGCUCAUCUGAUCGCGUGUUUUUCGACCCCUGUGCCCGCAAAAUUCGCCAUCUCGAGGUCCUAGAGGCCCUCUCAUACGACACGCGCUUUUGCGGCUCGUCCCACGGCUGGGUCGUGUUCCUCGACUACAGCGACGAGUCUCGAGCGGUCCUUCUCUUAAACCCUCUAACCCAAGCUAGCCUCCACCUCCCUCCGUUCUCUGCCUACCCCAAAGCCCAGAGCUUCAACUACUCUGAAGUCGAUGCGUUCCAAUUCACGUUCCCACAGACACAGACUCUGCGGAAAAGGCUCCACUUGUAUAUCAAGAAAGUCGUUUUCUCUUCGGCCCCACUCGGCAACAACAACUUCAUCGCGUUGGCGAUUUGCUGCGGCGUGUACGCUAAUGUUUUAGCGUACUGUAAGAAGGGCGAUGAAACAUGGACUUUGAUACCCCGCACGAUGUUUUCCUUCGCGGACGUUGUAUAUUACAACGGCCUAUUCUACGGGGUGGACUAUCACGGCGUGAUUGCGGUGUGCGAUAUAAACGGCGCGUCACCGAUCGUCUCGAUUAUCAGACCGCCGUUACUGUUCCAUAAACGGGUUGGCGCCGUCAUGCUGUAUUUGGUUAAUUCAGGGGAUGACGAGUUAUUGUUGGCAAGGCGGUAUGUGAGUCGGAAAUUCUACGACAACGGAGACCUCGAAUCUUACAAUACGGUGUGGUUUGAGGUUUUCAAAAUGAAUUGGAGCGAGCAACGGUGGGAUAGGGUUACAAACUUGGGUGAUCGGAUGUUGUUUAUUGGGAGUAAGUCAUCGGUGUCGUUUUUGGCUUCUGGUUCUAGGGGAUGUUUAGGAAAUUGUAUCUAUUUCACUGAAGAUGAUGAACCUUUUCCGUCUUAUUAUUUUCGUAUAUUCAAGUUGUCGGGUGGGAGCUUCGAAACUUGUUGGCUGAUAAAUCCCUAUGGGCCUUCAAUUUGGGUUACACCAAAUCCGUGCUAA